UGGGCGCCCUAUCUCUGAAAGGCACGGUGGGCGGGUGCGAGAGGCGGCUGUCCGUGUUUUACAACAAACGGUUGAGCUGCCAUGGAUCCAAAUGGCAACACAAAUGGAAGCAAAAGAGGCUUGGAAAAGCUUCGUGAAAUCAUGCUGCGGAACAAAGAAGAGUCUGAGUGUGGUGAUGAGUUUCCAGAGCUGGAUUUCCAGUAUGAGGAUACAGAAUCUCACAUGAAUGAAAUUGCAGAGCUUUAUAGCUACACAGAAGUGCCUGAAUUCCAGAUAAACUUGAAGUGCUUCGACGAGCUGAUGAGCGAGCAUGGCUUCGGGAGAUGCUGGCAGAGCAUGCGCGACGAGCGGCGCCGGGCUGUGGUCCUCAAACUCAUGGAUCGUCUGGACCUCUCCAGGAGGGAUGCCCGCAUGAAAGCGAUGCGGGCGCUGCUGUAUAUAGCCCAGGGCUGCUGGGCCGAAGUGCAGUCGGACGAGGAGCAGGCGAGCUGGGCCAGAACCAACGUUAUGCUGCUAUACAAGUGCGGUGUAUUCUCCGCCUUCCUCGAGCUACUCUACCUCGAAAUCGAGAACGGCACGACGGCCAGCGCGGCGCUGCGCAAGCUGGCCGUCUCGCUGGCCGACUCCACGGACCUGCGCGUGGUGCUCAGCGUGCUGUACAUCAUGGUGGAGGUGAUGCGCGUGCCGGACGAGCUGGACCCGUGCACGCAGCUGCGUGAGAACUUCAAGGCCGAGCUCAUGCUGCCGCAGGACAACGGUGAGCUGGUGGUGGUGACGCUGCUGGGCAUGGUGGCCCGCUUCUGCAGCGGCGCCACGCCGCACUUCCCCAUGAAGAAGGUGCUGCUGCUGGUGUGGAAGGUGCUGCUGGUGACGCUGGGCGGCUCGGACGAGCUGCGCCGGAUGCGGGACCAGCGGCGCGCCGCCGCGCACCUGCCGCCCGUGCCCGAGGACACGGCCCAGCGCACGCGCACCAUGCGCUGCAGUAGUCCGCCGCUCAGCGGCGUCGACGUGGCCGACUCGCAGCACCGCGCCCAGUCGCUCCGCCUGCUGCGGAGGGGCCUGAUGAAGCAGUCGUCGCUGGACGAGGACGCCGAACAGGAGCUGGAGAGCAGCGACAGCAGCGAGCCGGACCGCGCUUUCCGCUAACCGACAUUGGAGCGUCUCCCGCGACCCGCCACGGGCGUGGUCCUGACGGCGACCCUCCGCCCCCAUCCCACAGGUCUGCCGUGGACGCCCAAGGUGCGCACCAAGGAUGUCGUGUCGUUCCUCGACACGUCCCGGCGCAAGUUCGUCGGCUACGACCUGGACAACGACCUGACGUCCACGGCGGGCCUGCCGUCGCCCAUCAAGGAGGGUGCCAGGGUCCUGGAGCGGCACGUGUACAGGUCGCUGUCGGAGGUGCAGAUUGAGCGCGAGGACGAGAUCGACCGCAGUCCGUUCAGCCGGCCCGAGACGGACGUGCCGCAGACGCCCGUCGAGCUGCUGUACGCGGGGAUGCUGCCGAACCUGCCGCAGUACAUGAUAGCGCUGCUGAAGGUUUUGCUGGCCGCCGCGCCCACCUCCAAGACCAAAACCGACUCCAUCAAUAUCCUGGCCGACGCGCUGCCGGAGGAGAUGCCGAUGACGGUGGUCAAGUCGAUGCGACUGGGCAUCGACCUGAACAGGCAGAAGGAGAUCAUCGUGAAGGCGGUGUCAGCCAUCUUGCUGCUGUUGCUGAAGCACCUCAAGCUGAACCACGUGUACCAGCUUGAGUUCGUCAGCCAGCACCUGGUGUUCGCCAACUGCAUACCGCUGGUGCUCAAGUUCUUCAACCAGGACAUCAUGGCGUACAUCACGUCCAAGAACACGAUCGCCGUGAUCGACUUUCCGUCGUGCGUGAUCGGCGAGCAGCCCGAGCUGACGGGCGAGAGCCUGGAGGUCGGAGACCAGCCCUACUGCUGGCGCAACCUCUUCGCCAGCAUCAACCUGCUGCGCAUGCUCAACAAGCUCUGCAAGUGGAAGCACUCGCGCAUCAUGAUGCUGGUGGUGUUCAAGUCGGCGCCGAUCCUGAAGCGGGCACUCAAGGUGAAGCAGGCCAUGAUGCAGGUCUACACGCUCAAGCUGCUCAAGAUGCAGACCAAGUACCUGGGCAGGCAGUGGCGCAAGUCCAACAUGAAGACCAUCUCGGCCAUCUACCAGAAAGUGCGGCACAGAAUCAACGACGACUGGGCUUUCGGCAAUGACGUGGACGCCAGGCCGUUGGACUUCCGCGCCGAGGAGUGUCAGCUGCGCAUGCGCGUGGACCGCUUCAACGACCGGCGGUACGGCGAGCCGGAGACCACCUGGGACCCCGAGUACCGGCCGGUCGACAACGACGUGAGCUCGGUGCUGGGCCGGCCGGUGGAGCUGACCGACGAGUUCAAGCGCGACUACCGCGGCUGGCUGCAGCGCGAGGUGUUCCAGGCCGAGAUCAACUGGGACACACUCGUCGAGAAGGGCUACCUGUGAGCGGUGUCUGUGGAGCGGAGCCUGGUCAG